ACGAUGGAAAAGUACACAAUGUUUUUUCCUGAUUACUUUCUAAAGUCAAACCUCACCAUUGCUAUAAUACUUAUAUUGCUAAGUAUUUAUACAGUCCUUGGUAACACACUAGUGUGUAUUGUGUACAUUAAGGACCCAGGAAAAAAGUUAAGGACUAUUUCGAACCAUUUCGUUUUGAACUUAAGUGUCGCGGACAUUCUUGUUGGUGUUGGAGUUGAACCUCUGAACGCUACUUCGAACUGGAACUCCGAUCAAAGGAUUUUGUUCUCGUUCUAUAUAACUGCAAUUAUAUCUUGUGUUUGUUCAAUUGUGACGAUUGCAGCAUUGAUGAUUGAUCGAUAUAUAGCAGUUAGCAGACCAUUUAAGUACAAGGUCAUCGUAACUACGAAGAGAGCACGCGUUUCGCUUGUGAUUAUUUGGGCCUUCUCUACGCAUUUUGCCCUGAUGCCGUGUCUAGGUUGGCAAACAGCGGGAUUCCAGGUUUAUCUAUACCUGCUUGGAAUUCUUACACCGACUGGUUUUAUGCUAUUGUCAUACGCUGGGUUAUUAAGAAUCUUAAAGGAAAAGAYUCGAAGUCUUAUGAACUCAGACGCAAGGACAGCAAAUUAUGCGAAGAAGGCGAUGGAAAGAGAAAAGAGGGUUUCAACUACUGUCUUCAUCAUGUUGAUCGUAUUUCUCGUAGCUUGGUGUCCGUUUGUUGUCACGGAUUUUAUCCUCGUAUUUUGUUCAUCCUGUAGAGACAACGAUUCGGUACGACUUGCUAGAGAUAUAACUUUAGUUCUCGGGUUUUUCUCAUCGGGAAUUAACCCUAUUCUCUACGCGUGGCGCCUUCCGAACUUCCGAAAUGGUUUUCUUUUGUUGUUGGGCUGCAAGGAGAAAAGACGUUCUCUGAAAAUAGCGCCUUUGAAAGAAAGUUCGAACGAACAAAGUCAUAACAUAAUUGCGCUUGACUGUCGCAACGAUAGAAAAUCACUUUCAGCCAUUCCGGAAAAGGAAGACACUACCAAAGGCGAAAAUGAACCUAAGGAACCUGAAAGCACGCUGAACUAGUACUACAGAACGAUUUUAUUCAGUUAACAAAUGAAUGCAGAUCCUUCACCUGAAUUAGUUUAACCGGCCGUCUUUUAAAAGGGUAUUUARAAAACGUUUAAUCUAACGAUCAGUAUGCCAAUUUAGUGCAUGAAUAAUAGGAAGUAAACUGUACGUGACAAACCUCCUUGAAAAACUUGGCGACUAAGUUCUCUAACAGAAUAAAAACCUCAUCGAAAUA